ACUUUUUCUUCUUUAAUCCAUUCGCCUCCUGUGACAAGUCAACACCUGUUCUUGCCAAAUCAAUAACUUUCUCGGUCAUAUCUGUAUCCCAUUGUCCAACUACAGACGACUUAACCUUCUCCCCAACCCAUCGACCUUUCUGAAUUUAGUGGCCUAUUUGCUCAUUUCUCGCUUAGCUUACAGGGUUCUAUUUGUCCUUGCUCAGAAAAUUUUUUUGUGCUUCGCGAGUUCAAAUCGUUGCACCUCCACCUGUUACUCGUUGUAAACUAUCAAGGUUCCCGGUAACUUUUCCUCGAAUACGUCUCUUUAGAUAGCUGGAUUAUCUACCGCCAGUGUCCUCCAUCCCUGGUACCAAUUUGCUCUGUUGUUUGGCUGUGAGUAUUUUUUUUUUCUGCACACGUAUUAGAAAUAUUGAUCAAAGAUGGACUUUUCGUAUCCAGACUUCUUGGGCAACUCCCAACGGUCCACCGGCCACCAUCAGAACAGCCAGAACCUCGGUGAUGUUGAUAAGUUCAAUUUGCCCCCCAAUUCCAACCCCCACAUCCCGUUACAACUGCCUCCUCCAUCUGGGGGAGCCUUCAACGACAUUUUGUUCAACAAGCUCUCGAGCUUAGAUGCCUCGCAGCAGUCGUCCGCUGGCGACGGGCUUGAUAGCUUCAACUUGCCGUCCGAGUUGCAGGGCGGCGUGGGGAAUAUCAGCUCGCGAAGGCCCAGUUAUGCGGCCGAGUCUUUCACCCGACAGAUGGACUAUCCGUUCUUGAACCAAAAUCACAAUCAGCCGCUCCAGCCCCAGUCGCAAGGCGCCGGUAAAAAUAUCAACUUGGCCCAGUAUGCCAGUAUGAAUAACUACUCGGUCAACCAAUUGUCAGACAGCUUUAACAACUUCAACUUGAAUGCCAACUUCAACGAUUUCCAGAGUAGACGUCCUAGUCAGUUGGUAGACUUUGACACAAAUCUCACCACCAACUCCUUGAACCAGUACCCGGACCACUCGUUGGAGCUGGAUCACGUGGCGCAGCUGGAUCUGGUCAACAACAAUAGCCCCGUGGUGAAGUUGGAAAAUGGGUUGGUUUUGAAAGACCGGUAUAUCGUAGCGUCGGCCGACUUGCGGAACUUGUUUGCCAAAACCACAAAAUACUUUCAGAAUGUAGAGUUGAGCUUGGAAAUCUUGCAGAAGGUGAAGAUCUUGAUGAACAACCCCAAAAUUGUCAAGUUGAUUAUGUUCAUCAAGAACUUGAACAACUUGACGUUUAACCAUAAAGUGUUGUGCUUGGUGUUGAAUAAAAACGGCAAGUUCGACUUGUUGUCGUACCACAACAACUCCAAUCUCUUGUUACAAAAGGGAGAUUUGGUGAUUGUGGAUGGUGAUAGAGGUAAGGACUUGGUGAUGAUUUUGGAUCCGUUGAUCGACUUGAACUUUGCUAUAUUUUUCAAUUUUUUGAAGAAGAUCGAGCAUCUCAAGUCCUUAAGUGUUGCCGAUGAUGACAGAAGAAACCAAUCGCGGAACAACGACCACUUGAAGAAAUUUGGGGGUACUCACUCUAUGGAAUUGAACGCUUCUUAUAUUGUCAAUGAUCAUUCCAAUGAAGACAACGAAUUUAUCAUCACCUUACCUACAAAGCAGGUGUUGCGAUUUGCAACUGCCCGAGAAAUCCACAAAAUCAGUGGCAAGUUCUUGGAAGAGAAGAAGGCUUUUAUCACCUGCUACAACAAAAUAAAGGAAUUGAACUUACAAAACGACUUACAAUUGAUAAACGUCGAGUACCAAUCAGAUUUCAAGAAAUUGAUUUUUUACUACUACGCCAAUUUCAAGCGCAUUGACUUUAGAGGGUUGAUCAAAGAGCUCUUCAAAAUCUACAAAACCAGAAUCUGGUUAUGUGCGGUUCUUCCGUAUGAUAACCCCGAUAGCUUGCGAGAAAAACCAAACUUCAAGCUUCCUCCUUUAAAGAACUCAAUCCCAAUCGAGUAUAAUUUGUCUAACGACCAAAUUUUGAAUUUCUCUGUCAACGAGCUUGACCACUUGAACACCCCCAACUACUUCCACCUGAGAAACUUGAAUAAUUUGGUGGACUACUUAUCGGAACAAGUGAAGGGCAGUUUCUAUGGAUUCGAUGACGUUAGUACUGGUACUAAAGUCAAGGCCAAAUCCUCCAAUAAAAAUAAUGACUUAAAUGACCAUAAUUUGACCCCAAAAUUUAACCCGUUCUAACAUAGACCUUUAGACUAUAGAUGUAUUUUAAUGUUGUUGCCAUUGCUUAAAUUUAAUAAAUAUUUGUUAAGUAAUCUAUCUACUAAUUAAGAUCAAGGAGCUUAUCAAACUCGUUUUCAUUGAUUAUCGUGUGGUCGUUACUGUCAUUCAGGUUCAUGUUCGAACCAUUGUCAAUGUAAGGGCUGGUUUCGUCUUCGUCGUUCAUGCUGUUCAAGACGUUGUUACGUAUCUCACUUACAAACGACCAGAGACUCGACGAAACCACUUGCAUCAUAUCUUCUGGUCCUUUUGGCUUAGUCUCAUCUCCCUCAAUGUACCCAUCGAGGUUCACAGGAUCAUUUCUCCCUGACCUCGACUGUAGAGGCGAAGGCACCGAGCUGACACUGGACGUAGAAUCUUCGGAUAGCCUAGUCUUAUGCCUUCGUACUGGGUGGGUU